CUGAAGGUGCAAUUGGGAAGCGAAGCGGAGAUGGAGGAGAGGGCGUUCAAUAACCCCUAUCCAGAUUAUCAGCCUCAUGGAAGCACCGCCUCGGGCAGCAGUACUUUGCCUACCCCCAGCGACUCGGAAGGCAAUCGAUGCAGUUCGGCUUCGCCCCAACGAGACGACUCCCUCCCCUUCGAGAGCGACGGGCAGGUCCCUCGCUCCUUCGUUUCCAGGCCUUCCUCCACACCCAAACCUGUGUGGAAGAACUUGGAUCUAAUCAAAGCCCCGCAAACCUCAGGAACUGGAUGGAAGGGCUGCGUCCUUGUCUGAGCGGCAUUCCAUCCUGUGAGCUUCAUCUGCUUUAUCAGAUUUUUAGGAAGGUGUCUGGGAACUCCUAUAUCAGCUCAUAUUUUAAUAAGAAAAUUACAACUAAAAUUAAAGACUUAUUGCAGCAAAUGGAAGAAGGCUUAAAAACAGCAGAUCCUCACGACUGCUCUGCAUAUACUGGCUGGACAGGCAUAGCCCUCUUGUAUCUUCAGCUAUAUCGUGUGACAAAGGAGCCAACUCACCUACAGAGAUCUCUGGAUUAUGUGAAGAGAAUCCUACGUAAUCUGAAUGGAAGAAGAGUUACAUUUCUUUGUGGUGAUGCUGGACCUUUGGCAGUGGGAGCAGUUGUGUACCACAAGAUGAAAAAUGACAGUGAAUCCAAGGAAUGUGUGACCAAACUUUUGCAGCUCCAGAGAAUAGUCCUUGCUUCAGAUUCUGACCUUCCAGAUGAGUUGCUUUAUGGAAGAUCUGGUUACCUGUAUGCUUUGCUUUAUCUGAAUACUGAAAUUGAUCCUGAGACAGUGCCACAAUCAGUAAUCAAAGAGGUUGUGGAAUCCAUCAUUGAAUCGGGGAAAAACUUUUCCAGGGAAGAACGAAAGACUGAGCGGUGCCCAUUGCUGUACCAGUGGCACCGGAAACAGUAUGUGGGGGCAGCCCAUGGUGUGGCUGGGAUUUACUACAUGCUCAUGCAGCCAGCAGCUAAUGUUGAACGGGAGACAUUGAUGGAACUUUUGAAACCAAGCAUUGACUAUGUGCGGCAUAAAAAAUUCCGAUCUGGGAAUUAUCCUUCAUCCUUAAGCAAUGAAACUGACAGACUGGUGCAUUGGUGUCAUGGGGCACCUGGAGUCAUCCAUAUGCUCAUGCAAGCUUAUAAGGUUUUCAAGGAAGAUAAAUAUUUGAAGGAUGCUAUGGAAUGUAGUGAUGUCAUUUGGCAAAGGGGGUUGUUGAGGAAAGGAUACGGAAUCUGUCAUGGGACUGCUGGAAAUGGCUACUCUUUCCUGUCUCUCUAUCACCUUACUCAAGAUAAAAAGUAUCUUUACCGAGCUUGCAAGUUUGCUGAAUGGUGUCUAGACUAUGGUGCGCAUGGAUGCCGUAUUCCUGAUCGACCAUAUUCAUUGUUUGAAGGUAUGGCAGGAGCUAUCCACUUCCUUUCUGACAUCUUGGUUCCAGAAAAGUCUCGCUUCCCAGCAUUUGAACUUAGUCCCCAAAUGAAAGAAAACAAAGAGGAGCGCAACAGCUAAAUGGGAGCUGAAGGUGGUGCCAGAGGCAACAUGACUGCCGAGUGCCUAAAGUAUAUUGGAUCAAUGUUGGAGCCUAAACUGCGAGAUGCAAGAAAAUUUUCUUGGCUGUCCUUCAAAGGACUGCGUUUGUCAUUAGCGCAUGAAUGAGAGAAUUCCAUAUCUUGAUGUUUCCUUAUAAGAGAUAUCUUUAACAGUGACAAAGAGCAAAUUUCAGUUUGUUGGGAUGUUUCUUGUUUGGCUUUCAGUUGUCUCUUCAGGUCUUUCAAGUGUUUGCAUGUUCUUGGUGUUGUCUGUGAUUUUUCUCCUUGUUUGUUGCAAAGCUGAAAAGCAUUCUGUAAUAUCUAGUCCUGUUGUUUUUUCUGUGCAUGACUGUACUAACAACACAGUUCUUUCUGCAGCUGACAAGUACAUGAUGACAAUAGGACCAGUCUGUUGGACACAAUAAAUGAGAGAAGCAGGAAAGGCCAGAUACUCAACUCACAGAAUCCUUUCGCCAGGAAACAAGUUCAGAGUUCUAGAGUGUUUUGUUUGCUCCCAUCACAGUAUAGCAGUUUUAAAGUCCCAUGUGGUUAAAUUGCCCUGAUCUCAUUCGACAGAAUCUAGAAAUACUCAGUUUCUAGAUGCAUUAUGCCCAACAUUUUUACAGUUAUUGUUUCCUUCCCUAGGGAACAUUUUUUAUUUUGUCAACACUGACAUCCUAUAUUCAUUUCUCUGGAAUCACUGGAAUCUGUGAAUCCAGAUUAUGGGGGCAGUUUAAGUGCACUGCAAUUAAAUAGGAUAACAUAAUUUCCCUCUUUUUUUCUUUAUUAUACUUGUCCUACACCCAGCAAUUCUUGGCUGUGUGGAAAUGUUUCUUUGAAAUCUGUUCAUUUCACACUUUUCUAUUUGAAACAGACUUAUUGCCAAGGGAUAACAUAUGCUGGGUUACUUCUUUGCUGUUGGAUCUAGAUUAUAAA